AUGGGUCGGCUCGACCGGAGUGAUACCACGGCCUUACAGAAAACCGGCGUGAAACAACCACAGCGUUGUGUUUCGCCGUGGAAGGGCGAGAGAGUGUGUCAGACUCUUACUGACAUAAACACCCCGUUCCUUCUCCUGCCCUGGGCCGAGGCCGCGGUGACUCAUUGCGCUUACCCCGCAACCCCGGCUGAACAUCAGUCCUAUAGGGCCCCGUCUGUGGUAGUCUAUUGGCUCUUUGAGGCGCGCGCGGAACGCUACGCGCCGUACGCUCGGAAUCACCCCUCCGGCGCCCACUACUCACACAAUGCGGGGGGCGGUGCAGCUCACGCUACCUGGUACAUUAACGAACACGUUGCGACUCGCCAGCCACAAUUUGUGAACUAUUUUGGAUUGCAUAAUACGGAUUAUCUGGAGUUAUUGAGUGAAGUGUUUGUGAUCAUUCCUGACAAGGAGCGCACAGUGUUUACUAUCAGUGAUCAAUUCGAGUUGAAGAGCAUCAAGCUGUCCAGCAUAAUGUACAAGGAUUCAGUUGUUCCAGUUAAAGCUGAAACGUUCAGUGGCAUGGCUGCCAAAAGCCCAAUAAGUCAAAGCAUCAAGACGGUGCUGCGACGCGCUUGUGUGGAGAAACGGCUUACAGUCGGCCUCCUCCCUGCCAUCCAGUACCUGUCAAAAAACAGCAACCGGGCCCUCUUCUGUGUGACAGCAGAGGCGCCGCCUGGUGAUAGUGCAACGCACAUGCAAGAAGUAUUACUUCAAGCAUUCUGCGUUGAGAACGACAUCUACGUCAUUAAGGUUGACUCUGAAACUAAAAUUCGGAAGUUGUUGGGUGGAUGCGGAGCCUCGAUGGACUUCAGUUGUGUCCUCGUGCACUAUCCCUACACAGACCCGUUUAGCGACAGUCAAGAGUUCGACUUUUCAUCAUUGUCAGACGCCGAGAGAGACCUCAUCGAGCACUGUGAGAUGAACUGGGGAUACUCGCAGACACCCGUCAUUAAGCUCCCUGAGAAGUGA